AUGGCAUCUCGCCAUGUGUCGCACGAAAGUGCGUCCACCUUCAUGAAACGCUGCUUUGCCAGUCCUUCUCGCAUGCGACUGCUUUGCAGCAAGAAGGCCGGUCGAGAAGGGGGCGAAUGUCUCGCGGUCUCGGUGGAGAUCGCGCCUGCGGGUCCCGUCGUCGAGGUACAGGAGACAAGCAUGGCAGAAGGAUGGACAGGUUGCCGCUUCUCACCUUCUGCCCUAUGGUUGGCGCUCAAAGUGGCCGAGCCCCGUAGCCUCAUCGCCGAGUGCUCGGCUCAGGCAGGGUCCCUGAAGGCUAUCGAGUUCGGAUGCGGUGUUGGCCUGGCAGGGCUGGCCGCACACGCCCUUGGAUAUGACACAACACUCACCGAUUGCCUACCGGGUCAUCUCAAGAACUUGGCAGCACACACCGCUAAGUUGAGGACCAAGUUCCCGAAGAGUGCACCUCUUCGGGUCCGCUUUCUUGAUUGGAUCUCCGACGUUGGUGCCCACCUCUCGUGUUCGGUUGACUUGGGCUCACCGGAAAAUGUGGCUUCGUCAGCCAGCUCUGACUGGGAGUGCUUGGAGAAAGAGCAGUUGAACAGCUUCGACCUGGCGCUGGCAAGCGAUGUCGUGUAUGAAGAACACCAUGCAGUACUCCUGCCAAAAGUUAUGCAGCGUUGGUUGAAGCCAGGAGGUUGCUGGGCCGUCUCCCUUGCCAUUCGAGAUGCAGAUAUGAGCUGUAGGUUUCUGGAGCAGCUGGACGCUCACGGACUAGUCCCCAGCACUGCCGAGCACAUGAUCAUAGAAACCGCGUGCCGAUCAGAUCGAUGCUCCUACUGCUCCGUGCGGGAAGCUUGGCCGGUGGAUGGACCACCGCUCGACCGGCUCCGGAGCAUCGUCAGAGGAGUGCAGGUUGCGACCUGGGCAUGCUGUGACCUUGCCUGGGGGGCUCGACCCCAUGACAUCAUGGGAAAUGGCGUUCUCAGGCGCUAUCGCACACGACCGGAGGCUGACAAUAACGACUCCUGGCGCAAGCCCAAGCAGAAGGGAGGUACAGCCAAGGAGAAGGCCGCUCCGCAACCCAAAGAUGCUGCCAAAGCUGCAGAGACUUGGCUGGCGGGUGGGCCCAAGGGCUUGGGUGGCUUGAACGGUGCCGCGGCCUCGCCCGGCAUUGGUCUGGCUAGCAGCAAAGCAGGCCCCGGCACCAACGCUCCUACGUCCCCGUCGAGCACGGCACAGGACGAAGACGAAGACACUGACCUGGCGGGCUUCUCCGGGCUCGCCGAUGCGGCAAACAAGGUGUGGGACGACCUAAUGGCCCGGAAGGGUGGCAUCAAGGGCAAGCAAGACAUGAAUUCUCUCUUCGGCCUUGCAGAGCUCAAGGAUGCCGUGGAGCGGUCGGUGAAGCGGGUGAACAUGCUGCAGCAGCAGGCAGAAAGCGCCUCCUCGAGUCUCGAGGAGAAGCAGACUGCCUUGGAGGAGCUUCGGCGGAAAAUAGAGGCCGGCGCCAGCACUGCGAACGUGCGUUGGAAGCUAGGCGACAUGGCAGUGCGACGGGGCAAAGGCUUCUGUGAACUCAGCAUGGUGCAGAUGGAUGUCCAACCUCCUUGUUUCGAGGUCCGGAUGUCAACAAGUGGCACCAUCGUCAGCACAGAGUACGAAAAGCUCGUCCCUCUCAGCUCGCAGCAGCAGAUGGCAGCGCGGUCCGCUCUCAAAGAGCUCGAGGAGGCCAAGAAGCGUGUGGCUACGACCGAGGAUGGCCUCGUACAAGCCCAGGAGGAGCUUCGGCAGCAGCAUCAAAGCCUCACUGAGCAAGUGGAGGUGAAGCUGAAGGAGCCCAUGGCACCACCGGGCCUGCCUGACUUCGGCUACCUCCAGAAAUCGAAUGCGCAGCCGACAAAGGCGGAUGCUGCAGCAUAUCCUGAGGUGAAGGGAAUGAAAGAAGAUCUGCGUAAGCCAGCUGCUGGAGCGGCGGCACGAGAGGCCUCCAAAGAUCAGAGCCGGGCAGAGUCUGGAACAGCGAGCGCGGGGAACACAUUGCCUCGCCAG